GUCUUCUAAAAAUUCUGGAUCCGAAGGGUUUUUCAUUCCCAAAACCCUCGAAGAAACCUCUCACCUCACAGUAACUAACGGUUAUCAAAUCAAAGCUCUAAGCCAUCUUCACAUGCACACAAACUAAGAACGCUCAAACACUUGAACAGUUUCCAAAACCAGAGCCAUUCUCUCCAGGAAUGGCCGGUCCCUUACUUCUCCGUUCACUCUGGUCAACCUCCAAGAGAUCAUUCUCCUCAUCGCCGUCUUCGUCUCACUUCAAAUCCUAUCUGUCAUCCGCGCGCUUUUUCUCCACCGCCGCCGAUGCCGCUGUAUGUCCAAAUCCAGCGUUGGACCCUGCGCGCCUCCGCAACGUGGCCGUCAUAGCGCACGUUGACCACGGUAAGACUACGCUUAUGGACAGGCUUUUACGACAGUGCGGCGCUGAUAUCCCUCACGAGCGCGCCAUGGACUCCAUCAGCCUUGAGCGUGAACGUGGUAUCACCAUCGCCUCUAAGGUUACAUCUAUAUCAUGGAAGGAAAAUGAACUAAACAUGGUUGAUACACCUGGGCAUGCUGAUUUUGGUGGUGAGGUUGAGCGGGUUGUUGGCAUGGUGGAAGGAGCAAUUUUAGUUGUUGAUGCUGGUGAAGGUCCUCUUGCACAGACAAAGUUUGUUCUUGCCAAAGCCUUGAAAUAUGGGCUUCGUCCCAUUCUUCUUUUGAACAAAGUUGACAGACCUGCUGUUUCUGAAGAGAGGUGUAAUGAAGUUGAGAGUCUGGUUUUCGACCUUUUUGCAAAUCUUGGCGCCACAGAGGAACAACUAGAUUUUCCAGUUCUCUAUGCCUCUGCUAAAGAAGGAUGGGCAUCUUCCACCUUCACCAAAGAUCCUCCUGGUGAUGCAAAGAACAUGUCUCAGUUGCUUGAUGCCGUCAUAAGACAUGUUCCUCCACCUAAUGCAAGCCUUGAGGCACCAUUCCAGAUGCUGGUUACAAUGAUGGAAAAGGACUUCUAUCUUGGCCGGAUAUUGACUGGACGCGUUGCUUCUGGUGUCAUUUAUGUUGGUGACAAAGUACAUGGACUUCGUAUUACUGAUUCUGGGACUGAAAAAAUCGAAGAAGGAAAGGUUCUAAAGUUAAUGAAAAAGAAAGGCACAGGCAUGGUUUUAAUAGACAGUGCAGGAGCAGGUGAUAUUAUAUCAAUAGCUGGUAUGACAAAACCGUCGAUAGGCCAUUCAGUAGCAAAUACAGAGGUCACAACUGCAUUGCCCACCAUUGAGUUGGACCCCCCAACCAUUUCCAUGACUUUUGGUGUGAAUGACUCUCCCUCGGCUGGUCGUGAUGGUAGUCAUUUGACAGGAGGAAAAAUUGGUGAUCGUUUAAUGGCUGAAGCUGAAACAAACCUUGCCAUAAAUGUACUUCCAGGCUUAGCAGAAACAUAUGAGGUUCAGGGAAGGGGCGAACUUCAACUUGGUAUACUAAUUGAGAAUAUGAGACGUGAAGGAUUUGAGCUUUCUGUCUCACCACCAAAAGUCAUGUACAAAACCGAAAAUAAUGUGAAGCUUGAGCCAAUUGAAGAAGUGACUAUUGAGGUUAAUGAAGAACAUGUGGGGCUGAUUAUGGAAGCUCUUUCUCAUAGGCGAGCUGAAGUUGUCGACAUGGGUCCUGUCCCUGGAAAUGAUGGCAGAACCAAAAUAUCUCUGACUUGUCCUUCAAGGGGCCUUGUUGGUUACAGAAGUGUGUUCAGCAGUGACACCCGAGGAACUGGCUUUAUGCACCGUGCUUUCCUAAAGUAUGAAAAAUAUCGAGGGCCUCUUGGGAAUGUUAGAAAAGGAGUGUUGGUAUCAAUGGGCUAUGGUUCAAUCACAGCACAUGCAUUAAUGAGUUUAGAAGCUCGUGGAAUUCUUUUCGUGACUCCUGGAAUGGAGACAUAUGAUGGCAUGAUUAUCGGUGAACAUUCACGGGAUACAGAUCUGGAUGUAAGAUCGAUCUUAACUCUUCAUUAUGCAUUUUUGUUUUAUCAAGGUGACCGACUUGGCUAUUAUUUUCUUUUGCAGGUCAACCCAGUGAGGGCCAAGGAACUUACUAAUGUCCGGGCUGCUGGCAAGGACGAGAACGUGAAGCUGUCUCCGCCUCGCCUUAUGACCCUGGAAGAGGCUAUAGGGUAUGUAGCUUCUGAUGAGCUUAUUGAGGUAACACCCAAGGCCAUUCGUUUAAGAAAGAGAUACCUGGAAGUCAACAAGCGUAAAGCCAUGAGUAAAAGGCCAAAGGAAUAAGCCUUUGUCCUUAACAAAUUUUUAUUCUACAAGAUUGUUGUACAAGAGGAUUAAUUUAUCGGUGAUACAAUUUUGUGACCUUACAAAGUUAUGAUACCUUAAUUGCAGGCAAUUCUUUUAGUUGGUAAUAGUAAUAGGUUGAUAUAUGAACAUGCAUAAUUAUUCAUUUACAAACAAUAAGGACUAAGGAUCCUCAAUGUUGUAUCUGAGAAACAAUAAUUAAAAAUAGAAUAUUACAUUUCCUGA